UGCGCUCCCCGCCGCUGCCGUUUCCCCGGCGUGCGAGUCCGGUAGUUUCAGCUUCUCCUCUUGUCGGCCUUGCGGUAAUUGCUGUCGUUCAGGUCCCGAGAUCCGCAGCGUCACAGGCUCGGCGACAUGUCGAUGCUGGCUGAGCGUGCCUUACGUCGCUGCCGAUCGCUGAAUGGAAGGCCCGAUUGAUGGUCGACGGAAGCAGAAGUGGGCUGUGGAUCCAAGAAACACUGCGUGGAGUAAUGAUGACUCCAAGUUUGGCCAGAGGAUGCUAGAGAAGAUGGGGUGGUCUAAAGGAAAGGGUUUAGGGGCUCAGGAGCAAGGAGCCACUGAUCAUAUUAAAGUUCAAGUCAAAAAUAACCACCUGGGACUAGGAGCUACUAUCAAUAACGAAGAUAACUGGAUUGCUCAUCAAGAUGAUUUUAACCAGCUUCUGGCCCAGCUGAACACUUGCCAUGGGCAGGAAACAGCAGACUCCCCAGACAACAAGGAAAAGAAGUCUUUCAGUCUUGAAGAGAAGUCCAAAAUCUCCAAAAACCGUGUUCACUAUAUGAAAUUCACAAAAGGGAAGGAUCUCUCAUCUCGGAGUCAAACAGAUCUUGACUGCAUUUUUGGAAAAAGACAGAAGAGGACCCCUGAGAUCCCAUCACAGGUGGACUUCCACAAGCCAGGCAGAUGUGCCGGGAAUGACCUGGAACGCAGAGUAAGGCCCACCCCAGCCCGUCUGCCACGGAGGAGACUGACACCUCCACCACGACCACCAGUGCCUUCACCAUCCACGAGUACUUUGCCAGGCGCAUGGCGGAGCGGAAGAGCAAAGCUCAAGGCAUGGCUGCAGGGCCGGAGGCUUCAGAGACCCCAGUGGAAAGGAAAAGGGGGAAGAAAAGAAAGAAAGAGGCAAAAGAUAAAAAUGUGGAAAACGACAUCCAACCUAAGGCCAAGAAGAAGAGAAACCAAGUGGAAUGUGAGCUGGGGGACCCUUGCUGGGAUGAGAAUCCUGGAGCUCCUGCUGAGGCUGGAGAGGGUCACGUGGGUCCACUCGACGACCAGGACUCCCCGCCAAAGCCCAAAAAAAGGAAAGAAAAGGAAAAGGGACCAAAGCAAGUUGAGGCAGCAGUGGAUAGUAAGCUAGAUAAAACACCAGUGAAAAAGAAGAAAAAGAAGAAAGGUUCCAAAUAAGUUCUCUGGAGCAGCGCCUCCCAGCUCCUCUGCUGUCAGGGCGCUGCCGGGACAGACUCCCCUGGCUGGGCGUCAGGCGGGUUCACCCAGGGAGCCGUGUGCGCACCGCCUCCAACAUGCCUGGCCCCUGUCGCAUCUCGCCCACACUGCGUUUUCCCAAAUCCUAUUCCCAGAACUUUUCAAUGUUCCAAAUCAUGGCUGUCACACACAAAUAAACUCCUUACUGGACUCUGA